AUGCUGGUGGAGAACAUCACCCUGCUGAAGGAGAAGUUCUCCCUACUGGGGGAGAACCUCUCCCUGCUGGAGAAGUUCACCUUUCUGGGGGAGAACCUCAUCCUGCUGGAGGAGAAGCUCACCCUACUGGGGGAGAACCUCCCCCUGCUGGAGGAGAAGCUCACCCUACAGGGGGAGAACCUCACCCUGCUGGAAGAGAAGUUCACAAUACUCUGGGAGAACCUCUGCCUGCUGGAGGAGAAGCGCACCCUACUGGAGGAGAACCUCACCCUGCUGGGAAAGAAGCUCACUCUACUGGGGGAGAACCUCACUCUGCUGGAAGAGAACCUCACCCUGCUUGAGGAGAACCUCACAAAGCUGGUGGAGAACCUCACCCUGCUGGAGGAGAACUUCACCCUGCUGAGAGAGAACAUCGCCCUGCUGGGGAGAACCUCACCCUUGUGUGGUCCGGUGCCCCCGGCUGUGGAGGCUGCAGUUCUCAGGGGCCGGGCUCUGAAGGCGCACCCGUCGGAGAGUUCUGCUGGGAUGCAGGAUGAUGGGGGUGAUAACUCGGACGACCCGCAGCCUGUCUCCAAGCGCUCGAGGCGGGUUCCGAGUGUGUCUCCCCUUCGUGGGGUGCCUUGGGUGGAGGUGGGAGAAUAUGGUGCUCCGCGGUCUCCCACCGUGGUUGACGGUGUUCGAAGACGUGUAGCGCCCACCCAGCAUCCGGCCCCGCCCGCCCAUCCAGCAUCCGGCCCCGCCCGCCCAUCAUCCGGCCCCGCCCGCCCAGCACCCGCCCAGCAUCCAGCCCCGCCCGCCCAGCGCCCGCCCAGCAUCCGAUCCUGCCCGCCCAGCGCCCGCCCAGCACCCGCCCAGCGCCCACCCAGCAUCCGAUCCUGCCCGCCCAGCAUCCGGUCCCACCCGCUCAGCGCCCGCCCAGCGCUCACCCAGCGCCCGAGGAUGUCGCAGGUCACGAAUGACAGCCAGACUUCUCUCAGCCAAGAGGAGCCAUCAACCAGCGUCAAGUACGGCACAUGCCAAGUGUGUGACAAGGUGGGGCGUCUCAAGACCAACGGGGGGUGUGCGCAAACAUGCCCACAACAGAACCAAUUGUCCGGGUAG